AUGUUGGUACGUCGUGGUCUGCGGCUGAUGGACAGGGUUAUUGAGGCACCCAUGGAUGCUCUUCCCUCGCCGUAUGCCCGUCGUCUGCAGGAUAUAUAUUCUAGUCAUGCCCCGCCUGGGUUUGAACAUGUGCCGGACGGCAUGGACUUUGCUGGCGAUUUCGUCCUUCGUCAGGCAGCAUCUACCCUGCGGCAGGUGCCAAAUCUGGACAGUCUGCACUACCACCAAUGCUGCGAUGUCACCAAAUCCUUUUCGGUGUCAUUAAGCCAGGCGACGGCCGGGCCACCUCCGCUACGGAACGUCACGGAGUUGAUCUUGACUGAUACCUUCAUGACGGCCGUCUCAUUUCGCAACCUUCUCGAGGCGAUAGGUCCGAAGCUCUCCAAGGUUAGCAUCCAAGGGAUAGAAACAGAAACAGAGUCUCGUCGAAUGUCUAGGAACGGGAAGACCGUGGGGUUCGGCGAGGCUGUUCUUGCCCUACAACCAUGGAAGCGUGAGCUGAAGGUGCUGCGUUUCACCAACGACAAGAUGGACUUGGCUCCAGACGCUUGUUACCUCAAAGGUAUUCAUGCCCUCCGCAACUUACAAGCCCUAGAAACGAUAGAGGCCCCGACUCCCUCUUUCGAUGUCUACGGGCAGCUUGGGAACCAAGAAGACGCACUCACAUUGACCCUCCCCGCUUUCGUACGAGAGCUCCAGCUCCCUGGGUUGCCGGAGAAGGUCCAGAUGGUCCCAAGUUUGCGGGGCCUGGCGAGAGCCCUUCGCGCUGGCCAGUUCGUCACCAUUUCACCGACGCAAAUCCACAAGUGGUCGCCAUCCACUUGA